AUGGAUGAACAGGCAGGGCCCGGCGUAUUUUUCAACAAUAAUAACAACUCUAUAUUACCAAAUGGUGGAAAAGGACAGCUAUCCGAAGGCGAUGGUGGGGAGGCGGCAAGGGCUCAGUAUAGUAUCCCGGGGAUCUUGCACUUCCUUCAGCACGAAUGGGCCCGUUUUGAGGUAGAGAGAGCACAAUGGGAGGUGGAGCGAGCCGAAUUACAGGCUCAGAUAGCUUUCCUGCAGGGAGAGAGGAAGGGCCAGGAGAACCUGAAGAAGGACCUGGUCAGGAGGAUUAAGAUGCUGGAGUAUGCACUGAAACAGGAGAGGGCAAAGUACCAUAAACUCAAAUACGGGACUGAGCUGAGUCAGGGUGACAUGAAGCCUCCCAGCUAUGACUCGGAUGAAGGAAACGAGAAUGAGACGCCUGGCUCGUUGAACAGCCAGCUGUCUUGGAAGCAAGGCCGUCAGCUCCUCCGACAGUACCUGCAGGAAGUUGGCUACACAGACACCAUCCUGGACGUGAAGUCUCAGAGAGUGAAGACACUACUGGGCUUGGCUGGAGAUGGUGGGGGGGGUAGACUCGGCGAUAGCGGGACCCAAGAGCCCCUGCUCAAUGGGACAGACACGUCACCUAAAGGUGCCAGCACGGUCGGGAAAUCGGAGCUGUCUGAUCCCAAUGCUGUUCUGGAGGCAUUUAGGUUCAUAGAGAGCGCUGCGGCAGAACUCAGUGACGAAGAUGAGGAUGAAGACAGCGAGGGAAAGGAUAAGAUCAUCAUCGACUCCGGAACGAUCGUUAGGAAGAAGCCCUCGUCGUCGGGCGGGUCGCCGGGCAGGGACGCGAGCGAAGACCCGGACGUGGAGGAGGCCCUUAAGGGCUUUAAUCAUGAGGAAAUGGACACGUCGGCGGAGUCCAGGAGCGCAGGGGACGGCACAGACUGGGAGAAGAACGAGCAGGGUCCCAUGUCUGAAGGCUGGGACGUGGACCAGGCCAGGAUUACCAAACUCAAGGAGCAAUACAGAAAGGAGCGCAAGGGGAAGAAAGGGGUGAAGAUGCCCAACCGUACUAAGCUCCAGGACAUGUUGGCCAACCUCAGGGAAGCCGAAGACCUGUCUCCCCUCCAGCCCCCAGUCACUCCUCCGUCAAGAGCCAACGCCAACCGCCUCGCCGACCAGGAGGGCAACCGCACCGACGAAGUGGACGCCCUAACUUUCCCGCCGUCCUCGGGGAAGUCAUUCGUCAUGGAAACAGGCCUGGGCCUAGGGGAGCUGGAGGGACUCACUGUGGUCAAUGAGGCAGACAACCUUACCUAUGAUAUCAUCAAUAAUAAGGACGCAUUGCGGAAGACAUGGAAUCCUAAGUUCACUUUGCGUAGUCACUUUGAUGGGAUCCGGGCCCUGGCCUUCCACCCUGUGGAGCCGGUUCUGAUCACGGCCUCUGAGGACCACACACUGAAGAUGUGGAACCUGCAGAAGACAGCUCCUGCCAAAAAAAGUGCCUCAUUAGACAUUGAACCAAUCUACACAUUCAGGGCCCACAGGGGAGCAGUCCUGUGUGUGGUGAUGAGUAAUACAGGAGACCAGUGUUUCAGUGGAGGGCUUGAUGGUACGGUGCAGUGCUGGAACACCCCCAGCCCCAGCAUCGACCCCUACGACUCGUAUGAGCCAUCUGUCAUGCAGGGGGCGCUGUGUGGUCACACAGAUGCAGUGUGGGGGCUGGUGUACAGUAGCGCCCAUCAGCGACUUCUCUCUUGCUCCGCCGAUGGAACCGUACGUCUGUGGAACGCUUCCAGUACCUCGCCUGCCCUCACCGUCUUCAACGAGAAGAAGGAGCUGGGUGUGCCCUCCUCAGUUGACUUGGUCUGCAGUGAGCCAGCCCACAUGGUCACGUCAUUCAACACUGGGCAGAUAGGCCUGUUCAACAUGGAGACUCGACAACUGGUCCUCAGCCUUGAGUCCACAGUGGACCCAGCACCUGUUUCCACAGGUUCUUCCUGUCAGAUCAACAAAGUCCUGAGUCACCCGACUCUGCCCAUCACUAUCGCAGCACAGGAGGACCGUCACAUCAAGUUCUACGACAACAACACAGGCAAACUGAUUCACUCCAUGAUGGCCCAUUUAGAUGCAGUUACAAGUCUCGCAGUGGAUCCCAAUGGACUUUAUUUAAUGUCUGGGAGUCAUGACUGCUCUGUCCGUCUGUGGAACUUGGAGAACAAAACGUGCAUCCAGGAGUUCACUGCCCAUCGCAAAAAGUUCGACGAGUCUAUCCACGACGUGGCGUUCCACCCCUCAAAGUGCUACAUCGCCAGCGCUGGAGCCGACGCCCUCGCCAAGGUCUUCGUAUGACCUGGAAGACCUGCCGCAGGAAGCCCUGCCCAGAGAACGGGAGACAGGCAGGUGGGCG